AGACGACCUGCAAGGACAAGUCGACGUGGAGACAAUACCGACAUUGUUGAGUUAAUUGUGAAUAUGCUCGGUAUUAACCUAAAUAUUUUCGUAUAAAUUCAAUGUGGUUACUAAAUUCGUAAAUGGAGGCGCCGCUCAAGAGGUAUCCUGAUUUAAGUGAGGUCAGGCAAGAGAAUGAAUAGAAAUAGCAAAAACCGUAUCGCAAAGUUGUGCUAAAUAUAGAUGGGCGGGCGGAGAGCGCUGCGCCGGCCGCUCCACUCGAGACGUGCGCGACCAAAGACUUGAAGUACGUUUAUAUCGCUGUAGAUGACCUCGCCGAAUGUUCGGCGCGCGAGUGACAAUACGUGCCUUAAAUUCUGUUAAGUAUACUAUUUUCAUCGAGUCACUACAGAGUUUAAAGAUGGAGUUUUACGCGAAGACUAAGUAGCUGAUGUCUCAGCGCUGUACUCUGUAGGUACGCGGGUUGGGAUGAACUAGUUUCGGAUUGCGCCUCUUGCAGUUACUCAUCGUUACGACAGUGGGUAAAGGGGUAAUGAACAACGACGUGGAUGGAGAGGCGCCGCGCCCUCGCCCACUCUCCGCAGGGAUUUGGACGCUAUUUUCAUGGUUACGUCGCACUGAGCGCUCCUCGUCAAGCGAGAGCGUCUCCAGUGUGGGCUCCGACCGCACCGCCGCUAGCUUCGACUUCCUAGCCCCGCUCAACUACAAACAAGCCAACGCGCCUCUCGUGCUCCCUCAAGAUCCUUUAACAGAGACUUACAAAAAGAGGUUGCACGAGCGAAACUUACGAAGACAACACGACCGUGACAUAACCUUGCGGCGAAAAUACGGCCUGUUCAGGGAGGAAGGAUUGGGAUACGACGCAUUCACUCUCCCGUCAGCCCGAAGGUUGCAGAAAGAUACUGUUCUGAGACAAGACAGGGAUCGCCGCGCGGCGAGUGAGAGUAUACAACGUCGAUCGGCUUACGUCCCCGGAAAACGACGUGCUCCAUUGCCGCCCACAGUAGUUUCUUCUGCAACGCUUCCUAGAAACUACAAACGAAAGAGACCUGCACCAAAACCCCCUGUCAGAAUAUCUGAAGAAAACAAAGAAAACGUGGAAGUCAAUAAAUUUAUACAAAUGAACACUACGUCUGAUGUUGAUAAACAUUCAUUUCUUAGCAAAGAAAAUAUAACUGCGGGGAAUAAAACUGAGAAACAUUCAAAACACGAAACAAAAGAAGUUAAGUUGCGAGCAGAUAAGAGUUUUCUUAAACAGAUUUUCGACAGUAAGAAAAGGAAUUCGGCUAUAGACACAAGUCAUAUUAAAUUAUUACCAAGCAUUAGUGAGUUGGAUAAACAAGCAGCUGAAAUAAUAGAAGCGAAUAAGGCGCUACGAGCUGCUGGACACAAUAACAACAGUUUUAUUGAUAGUGGCUAUAGAUCAGCUUCUGCAGAGGAUACUUGGAUAUGCACCACUUGCUUAAGGAAAUAUAAACCCGUUGUUACUUGUUGUAUUUAUUGUAUAAUUAAAGAAAAUUCUAACAAGACUGGUAAAAAUGUUUCAAAAAAUGCUUCUAAUACAUAUACACAAACUGACGAGAAUGCUCUUAAAACAAGUCGAGAGAGUGGCGUCGAUGACAAGAAGAAACUGAGAGAAAUGCUCAAGGAAAUGAAAGAUUCUUUACCGAAAAGACCAAAGCACAAUGACAAAUAUUCUGGAGAUAACAGAGAUGGUAUUGGAAAACCAACAGAAAUGCCAACACUUCGAAUUGGAUCCACUGUUGAUGAAAAUAUAAAAGUUAGUUUCAAUGAUUCCAAACUUGAAACUGGACGGGGACCAGAAAACUUAAGAAAUUAUGCCAAAGAAACAUUUCUAAUGUCACAACCUUCAUCUUCAAGAGAGCCCCAUAUUAGAGUCCAUAAAUUCGUUAACGUAGCACAUAUGAAUAAAAAGUCCGCUUUCGAACCAACUUCACCGAAUUUAAAUAACGUGUCCAUAUCAAAAGUUUUCGUACAACCUGAGAAGGAAUCUAUUAACAGUAAAGAACUUUUAAUAUCAAAAAAAAUUGAAUCUCAUGCAUCGAAUAGUAAAAUUGACCAAACUACUAAUGAUAUUUUAAGGAGUGAUGUUAAAGUUGCUAAUGAAAUGGAUAAAUCUCCUGCCUUAGGAGACAUAAGCAAAUAUGAAUCUUUAACAAAAAAAUGCGAUAAAAAAGUUGUUACAAAUCAACUUUUAGUAAAUAAUGUCCCAAUAAAUGUAAAUAAAGGAGCGAGUGAGUCGUCAAAAGCAAGUUCUACUAAAGAUUCACUAAAGAAUUCAGAAAAAGAAAUGCCUACUGAAAUUCCUGCAAAUAUAAAAGUUUCUCAAAUAUUCAUAAAAAACCUGCCAGCCAGUUCUGGAAACAAAGAUAAAAUUGAACAGAUUCAGUUUGGUAAUAUAUAUUCAUCUAAAAUUGUACAUAAAGAUCAGUCAGAUACUGGUGUUACUUCAAUUAACAAUAGAAACGUCAAUUUGCAUACGCCUUUAAAAGUAUCAUCGUUACUAAACCCGCUUUAUUGCCCUAAAUAUAAAACGUCGAACGAUAAAGUUUCUGACUGUAACUUUGCCAAGGUUUUGCCAACAAAAGCCACUAACUUAGAAAGUAAUAAUAUAGUGGAGACAUCGCUUACUCAGAAAAAAAUAUUACCAAAUAUGGUAUCCUUAAAUGUGCAAACCCCAAGUUCGUCAAACCCAAGACUGUUGAAUGAAGGCCUUCAAAAAUCAGAAGCAAGUCCUACCGAAGUAUCGAAAGUUGAAAAAUAUGAAAAUGCAUCUGCUAUUGUCGAAGAUCCGAAAAAAAUAACCAACCAAAUUGACCAAAGUGCUUCACCAGAGGUCAGGAUUACUACGCCUAGUGUCAAAAUUUUAGACCAUCACGAUAGACGUAGAAAUUUGAUCAACCAGCUUGAACAAGCAAUAUCAAAAGGAGACGAGCAAUUGGCAGCGGAAGCGGCCGCCAAACUGGCUAAACUUAAAUUAGCAUGCUCUGUGUUAUCGUUUUCAUCGCAAAUAGUUGCGGAGGCCAUAAAUAAGACAGAAGUCUUACACGAUAACAUGUCGAAUGAAGAAAAUAAAAACAAAGAUAACAUGUACCAAACUUCUGCGUCAAAUGUAAAAGGUGAUUCCAGGGUUCCAGAUAAGGAUAAAGCUGUAAAAGAGGAAAAUCAACAAAAAAUCCACCCCCCGGGACUGCGCGAAGAGAUCAAAAUCUUGCCAGCGGCAUCCGCAUCGACUUCUAGCCAAAUACCAGGUGACGAAAUGCCAAUCGAAGUAUGGGUUGAAGACAAAGAAGCAGCUAGGGGGCCGAUACCAUUGCGUAUUUCAAAGAAAGCUAGGAUUGGAGAACUUAAACGCCACGUUGAAAGAACGCUAGGUCUGGAAAUUCGCUUGCAACGCUGGAUCGUUGGCAGAACUCUAUGUACCGACGAUAAUACACCACUCGUCACUCUAGCUGGACCCGAUCUUAAUGCCCCAUUUUAUUUGUGUUUAGUCGAAUCUGAAACAAAUAAAGACAUCGCACCGCAAAUCAAAGACGUCACACAAGCUCACAUUAAAACGGAACCGAGUAAAAUCAAUAGCGACGUUUAUACAGAAUUAAUGAAAUUGGAACAACAGGCUCUCGUUCCGAAUACUGAAGAAUUUGAAUGUGGCGUUUGUAUGGAGCAGUGCGCUGCGGGCGCCGGCGCCGUGCUGCGCGAAUGCAUUCACACAUUCUGCAGAGAAUGUCUCGUGGAUGUGAUCCGGCACUGCGAGGAGCCGGUCGUCGCGUGCCCUGCCAUCCAGUGCCCCGGAGCGUUACAGGAACGCGAAAUUAGAGCUAUUCUCUCUACUGAGGAGUACGAGCGGUGGCUGGCGCGAGGCUUGGCCGCGGCGGAGAGCGGGACUCGGAACACGUUUCACUGUCGCACGCGAGAUUGUAAGGGCUGGGCGUUUUGUGAACCUGAAGUUCGGAGAUUCCCUUGCCCAGUCUGCAAACACACUAAUUGUGUACUUUGCCAGGCUGUUCACGAAGGCGAAUCCUGUCAACAAUAUCAAGCGAAACUGUGCGAGGCUUUAUCGGGUGCGGAACCAAACGAAUCCGACGAGGGAACUCAGGCUUUACUGAAAUCGCUUAUUUCUCGAGGCGAGGCUCUCGAGUGCCCCGAGUGUAGUGCUAUAAUUACUAAGAAAUGGGGCUGUGACUGGGUUAAAUGCUCAGCUUGUAAGACGGAGAUAUGCUGGGUGACGAGGGGCCGCCGCUGGGGGCCGGGAGGCAAGGGGGACACGAGCGGUGGUUGCAGGUGCGGUGUUGACGGGAAGCGGUGCCAUCCAUCGUGCGGUUACUGCCAUUAGGCUACCAGUCCACCGGAGCGGAGCCGAGAAACGGACUAAUGCGGAGCAGAGUUGCGUACUGUGUCUGUCCCCCGGAGCGGAGCGAGGCUGCGGCCAAUUCCAGCGUAAAACUCUUUGGGCAGGAUGUAAAAAUUGCAAGAGCUGUAUGUUUGGUGAUGGUAGUCGUGCGCCGAAAAUCCAGCUUUAUUAUUAUGAAACGGACAUAUGCCACACUAUAGAAACACUACGAACGCCCGACAACAUGCAGCGUCGCGUGAUUAUGGUGCGUUUUUGUUCAUAGAAAAUAUACGAUUUGUCAAACUCAACAGAAAGGCGCAACAAUACAAUGGAGUGAGUAGAGGGCGCUGCCCGGUCUACUUGACUUCUGGAGCGAGCUUGGAUGGCUGGAGUGAAGACUUCGGCGUGGAGCGAGAACACAAGGCUUCCUUUGAGUCUCCUCUGUGUUUUGUUUGCAAUAUUACAAUAGAUUCUAAUAAUUCAACCAUAAUAUGUUAACAUGCAUAAAGUUGACUGAGUUAUAAUCAAAAAAUUCUUUGCCCUACUCCAUCUUUAUGCAUUGGCCCUAAUUAAAUAUUGUACUAAUGUUUCUGGUAUUAUUUUACUAAGCCGAUCACAUUAACUGUGACAAAUUCCUUGUACCGUGUAAGACAAUCCAGGCAAAGCAGCCUUACACACGUCUAGCUAUAUCUCUACUUCACAUUUGGUGUGACAAGAUAAUUUUUAUGUGAUUACUUGUAGUUAAUGUUUUAUCCUUGUUUACAAUUUAGAAUUAUACUGGAAAUGUUACCAUUUUAGUCAAUUUAUAUAUUAUUUGUAUUAUAUUCAGUAGAUUUAAGUAAUUAAUAAACAUCUUUAGCAUU